CGUGCUUGCUAACACGGUUCGGUAAUUGUGACGUAAUUAAAAUGUUCGCGAUUAAAAUCGUAAAAAAAGUCCAACGACGUUGAAUGAUAUGAAAGAAUUUGACAUUUGCAUCUGUAGUGCACUGGCAUCCACCUAUUUGCAACAAUAUCCGAUGAUAGAAAACAGAACCGGCCCACAGACAAUCGAGUUCCUGACGAAGAGGGUCGUUGCUCUUGGUGCAGUGCAAACCGGUCAAUUUUUGGUAGACUGCGAGACGUACGUUUCGGUACCACAGUUGGGCGUGCAACGAACUCUCCACGUGCUGCACAACUCCGAGCAGCCUGCGUCAGCCUUCGCGAUCCUGGAAUCGGGCAACAAGGUGGUCCCGCUGAUAGCCGACGGCCUGUUCGAUCUGCUGAUGUACAAGAUGUCGAGCAUCUACACGAACAAGAUGCAGAAGAUAGAGUCUAAGGGACCGCGGUUCGAGAUCGGCGACUUUUGCGUGAAACUCGGCAGCGUGACGAUCAAUCAGAACUUCAAGGGCGUUCUAGUGGAGGUGGAAUACAGACCCUGUGUUGUUCCGGGAAGUGCAUGGGAAUUGAUGCGUGAAUUUUUACAAGGAUUCCUCGGUUCCACCGUGUCCAAUCAGGCCCCGCAAUAUUUACAGAACCGUAUGAACGAUAUUUACCAACCGUUGGACACGAUACAGCAAUACCUAGAACACUUUGGUCAAUACCGAAAAGCUACAGGUGUGAAAUCUACUACAACUAUAUUGGAAAUUAAAGAAGAAUUAUUUAAGUUAAAAAAGGCACCACAUGUUCAUAGACAAAGCUUAAAACUAGAUGCAAAAGGGAAAAGUUUGUCUGAUUCAGAUACCUUGAAAAGUUUAUCAAUUUCUACUGGUGGAAAAUUAUACCUCAAAGACCUAGGACCUCAAAUUAGUUGGAAAACUGUAUUCUUAGUGGAAUAUGCUGGUCCAUUAGUACUAUAUCUAUGGAUGUAUCAACGUCGAUGGAUACCACAUGGUGUUGCAGUAACAAUUGAUAACACAGUUCAUGUGGCAGCUAUUUGUUGGAGUAUACAUUAUGCAAAGAGGCUUCUAGAAACAUUGUUUGUACACAGGUUUAGUCAUGCAACAAUGCCACUACGUAAUAUUUUUAAAAAUUGUUCGUACUAUUGGCUAUUUGCGUUGUAUGUAGCAUACCAUGUAAAUCAUCCUCUUUAUACAAGUCCAAGCCAACUUCAAUUUCUUAUUGGACUAGCGACAUUUACACUUUGUGAAUUGGGAAACCUAAGUAUCCACUUAGCUCUAAGAAAUUUAAGACCAGCAGGCAGUACUGUAAGAAAAAUACCAAUGCCCACCGAUAAUCCCUUUACGGCAUUGUUUGGUCUUGUGUCAUGCCCAAAUUAUACUUAUGAAAUUGGCAGUUGGAUUGGUUUUACUAUUAUGACAUCAUGUCUUCCAGCUGGUCUGUUUACCCUUGCUGGUGCAUAUCAAAUGAUUAUCUGGGCAUUAGGAAAACAUAAAGCAUAUAAAAAAGAAUUUCCUCAAUAUCCAAAGAAUAGGAAAGCUAUUAUUCCAUUUAUCCUUUAGGUAAUACAUUAAUUCUAAUUUUGAAAUACCGUUUUAAUAAUUAUUAUUAUGAUUUCUCAGUCCUAUUUUGUUAUUGAUAUCUUUGUUGUUUAAAUAAAUAAUGUACAAUGGAACUUCA